ACCCCCCGGAAGCAGGAAGAACGGAAGCGCGCCGCGGAUGACGCACUUCCGGAGCUGGACGCUGCCUCGGGCGCAGCAGCAGCAGGGAUGUGGGCGCCGCGAGUCUGCCGCUUGCUCAGGGCCGGUCUCUGCUCGCGGAGCGGCUUCCCGGCGGUGGCAGCAGCAGCAGCAGCAGCAGAGGGAGUCCGCCGGAAUAAAAGAGUAACACUGGAAUUGCUAGAUCAUCUGGAGCGUCUGGCACUUGUUGAUUUCCGCAACUGGGAGGGUGUGGAGCGUUUGGAGAAAGCGAUUGAAUUUGCAGAGCAACUUCAUACGGUUAAUACAGAAGGGGUGGAGCCAAUGGACACAGUACUGGAGGACAGGUGUCUCUAUCUCAGGGAAGAUGAGGUCACAGAAGGAAACUGUGCAGAGGAGCUGAUGAAGAGAGCUAAGCAGACGGUUGAAGAGUAUUUUGUCGCUCCACCAGGUAACAUCCCUUUACCAAAACUUGGAGAGGCCUUUCUGCAGAAGAGAGAUUCCUAGACAGAUGUUCCACCUGACAUGCCGACUUUUUUCGUACCGGGAGUCCAGUCCAUUUAGCUGCACCUGGGACAAGGUCUUCCACUAUACCUUGCACCACUUCAGUUUCCUGUGAAUUGGCUUUGUCCACUGCCUGUGCAUAUAUCCUGUAUGUUUACCUCCUCCGAGGGCAGCCGUCCAGCCCAACGUUAAGCAUGCUUCAGCCAGCUGAUUUAAUUGGGCUUGGAUAUACUUAACUCCAUGAUGCAUUGUUGUCAAAAUAACAACCUUCACUAAAAACACUAAUGUGGAAGAAGCCAAGGUCUAGGGGGAGGGAACUGGAACAGAGCUGUGCACAGGACACUUGGAGAAUAUUACUUGGAAAACCAGAUGGAAGAAUGUGACUUUCAAGUUCUGUCACACCGAGUCUCCUCAACUGUAAUUCGGAGAGAGAGAAAUACUGCAAGACAACAUACCUGACAGCAUUCACCAAAGCAGGUUGAAGAGACGUGGGAAGCAGGCUUUUGAGGAGUGGGGCACACAGCAGCAGUCCUGAGUGCCUUUGGGAGGGGAAUAUUUUGGCAGAAGAAGGGUGCCUCACAGACACUCAACACAGUCAAUCAAGCUUUGAGGGGGCUUGGGGGGCAGCAGUGUAGAUCUUCAGCAUUUUUUCCCUACCUAAAUCAGAAGAGAUUGUGAACCACUCUUCUCCCAAUGGACAAUUAUGCAUAUGUUUGAUAUUGGCAAUGCUCCACGGAUGGUUUCCAGGAGUAAAUUAAAACAGAACAUUUCAAUAGAAUACAUGUGCAGUAUUUUCCCCUUGUACUCAAGAUUCAUACAGACUCAUGAGAUGUCAAAGCUUUUAGGGAACAGAAAGAAUUCACAGAUGGGUAAACGUAUGGAAAGGUGCAGUGAGCCUUUUAGGACAACCUCAGCCAGUUUUACAAGUGUGCAAAGACCGAGAAGCAGACAAGAGCAACCUAAUAAAGUGAGGAAGUUAUUUAGAUGGUGAUAAGAAAGCUAGUGUAUUUGUUUCUCUGGCAGAUACAGAACAUCUUACUGGAAUGGACAUGUUCCUCUCCCAGAAGAUUGUACCGAUUAUUUCAUGGAGACAAAAUAUCCUCCAAAAAAGGUGGAGGACAAAUUAGUACUGGUUCCAAGUGAACAAUAAAAAUUAGAAACUACA